AUGAAUUUAUUCAAGCAGAAGGAAAAGACGCCAAGUUCUAUAUCUCACAUUUUAAUAAAUAAGCAAAAAGGAAGGUUCCCCGAACCGCUGAUUUCGAUAAGACAACUGGAAGAGAAGGACAUAAACGAAGUGAGGCAGUUGCUGCACGAUCACUUCAACUCGCUAACCCUGCCCGCCGUUAUUUACUGGUCCAUACAACACAUUUAUGAUUUGCUAGUGAUCGUGGUGAUAAAUUAUAUCUUUUUUUUGGAUUUAAAGAAAAUUUUUUAUUUCUUGAUUAUAUUUUUAAUAUAUUUGUACAUAAGGGCAAAGCUGGAAUUUUUAAACCAUAUAAGAAAUGACUGCCCAGAUUUGGAGAAUUUAUAUAAAAGCUACAUAAACGUGGAGGGGUGCAAUUUUUGGGUGGCCGAGGUGUUUGAUAAUAAUUUUGGCUCGGCCAGCAGAACAACAUGUAGUGACAUACACGAAAGGGAAAAGGUUUUACUGGAACAGGAGGAACAGGAAAAGCUGUUAAAUAGUGAUAAGGGGGAGGAAGAAGUAAAGAACUCCGAUGAAGAAAAUAAUGGCAAGUACAUGAAAGAUGCACCAUCAAAAAGUGGAACGUUCGAAAGUGGUGAAGAAUCGAAUGAGGCAAAAAUGUUACAGAAAAAUAGCUUUAACAAAAGUAAAGACAGCAUUGUGAGUCCGAACCAUUCCGAAACGGAAAAGGACGUAACCACAGAGGGGGAUCAUGAAAACAAGAACGUCAAUGAAGCCACAAAUUCUGAGCAAAGUGGAACCAAAAGAAAUGUCGUCAAUAUGAUGGACCUUGGGGAGUGCACAUCACCUAAUUACAAUGAUAUUUACUACAAGGUGAGUAGUAAUUCGCCCAGGGGGGUUGCAGACGGGUUGAAUAGCGCCCAAGGGGGGGGGGACCCUUUGAAUGACACUGAAGGUGCAGGUAAGAGUGAUGGCACGUUGGAGGUUGGGACCACGAACGGUACGAACGAAAAGGAGAAGGGAAAAAAAGGUAAAGAAAAUCACGGUAAAAAUGGGAAGCAUGAUAAGAAUAGUCAAAAUAGCAAAUGUGAUGAUGAGGUGGACGAGCAGAAGGAAAACAUUGCCAAUAGCGACAACAAUCAUAAUCAUGAUAACAACGAGAGUAACAGCCGAACGGUGGAUCACACCACUGAUCUGCAGAACAACACGCUUAGUGGAAGUGGAGAAAAAACAAAGCUCCUCUGCAAUAUAGGCGAUAUAGCCAACAAGGAGCUCAUCGAAAGUAGAAGAACAGUGCCAUAUCGAUUAAACGAAAUUGGGAAAAAUAUAUUCCGAUCCAAAACUAACGAUGAUGAUGAUUCUACCUUUCGUUUUGUGAACAAAAAAAUAGUUGGCUGCGUAGGAAUUGUGCCGUUCAAGGGAGACAAUUCUAUAGCACAACUAGUCAGAAUGGUUGUAAAAAAGGACAACAGGAGAAUGAGAAUAGGAAGCAGGUUGCUAACCCAGUUGGAGAAUUUCGCACAUGAACAGAAUUACCAAGAAUUAAAAGUUUUCACAAAUAACUUAAAUACAGACAGUUUAUAUUUUGUUAAACAAAAUGGCUUUAAUUUAUCUCAAAUUGUUCGGAGGGGCCUGAUGAGGGGCGACCUGCUCAUCUGGUCCAAGAUCCUAAACAAGGACGAUUUUUACAAGUUCAAUUCGCCAGGUAGGAACCAAUAUGUCAAGUCUAUGAAUUUGGGGGAGUACUGA